AUGAUGAGGGCCACUAUACUGUAUACUUUUUUAGUUUCUGCUAAAUUUGUUUUAGCUGAUGAUAUCCAGUGGAUUCCAAAUUAUUAUCAGUCAUCUAUUAAUAAUAAUUAUAAAAUAUUAACAAUGUUUCGUGGAUCAUGCACAGUUUCAUUAAAUAUUUUCAAAGGCCAACAUUUUCACGUAAAAAUUCCAUUUUAUAACAGAACAAUCCCAGCUGGCGUUUGUGCAAUAUUAUUGAAUAGUAUGGAAAAUUAUAACAUAGCUAUAGCUUUAGAACAUGGGUUAGCAGACACAGAAAAUUACCUAUUUAAUCAAAAUAUAAGACUUUAUACAAUUAAUCAUGGAAAUGUUACUCUAAUACAAAAUGAUUGCAAUUUUUUGAAUGAUUUUUCUCCUUUAAUGAAAAUAACUAACUCAAGCAUAGCAUUACUUCUCAUAAAAGCAGAUCAAAGUAUAGAAUUUUCUUUUAGUGUUUUUCCUUACUAGAAAUAAGUUUAUAGAUUAUAUACAAAUUUCAACAUAAUUAAAUAACUUAUAAAUUAAAAUAUAUUAAAUGUGA